AUGGCAUCGACAAUGCAGGCGAUUGCAUACACAAACUACGGCGGGCCCGAGAUGACUGAAGCCAUGUCGUUACCCAUCCCCAAGCCUGGGGCAGGCGAGAUCCUUGUGCGCGUCGCAGCCGGCGGACUCAACCCGGUCGACAAGCUCCAGCGCGUAGGGACGUUCAAGGCCUUUUUGCCAUACACUUUCCCGGCAAUCGCCGGCAACGAGUUCUCGGGCGUUGUCACCCAACUCGGUGACGGUGUGACUCGCUUCGCCGUGGGGGACGCAGUGGUCUGCCGUGUGGAGAAAACGGCGAUGCGAGCGUUUGCCGAGUACACGACCAUGCCGGCCGACAUUUGCGCCAAAGCGCCCACGUCCAUUCCUCUCACAGAGGCGGCUGGGCUCCCACUCGCCGCUCUCACCUCCCAACAAUGCCUCGACCUCCUUGACGUCAAGGCAGGCGACCGACUGUUGAUUACGGGCGGCGCAGGCGGCGUCGGCCAGUUUGCGAUCCAGCUGGCCAAGCUGCGCGGCGCACAUGUUUCGACGACUGCCAGCGACGCUGGCAAGCCGUACGUCCUCAAAGCUGGAGCCGACGAGGUCAUCAACUACCACACGACCAAGCUCGUCGACUUGCCUGACAAGUUUGACAAGGUCUUGGACGCGGCUGGCGGCGAAGACGCGCUUGCAAGCGACGUUGUGCCCUCUCUCAAGAGGGGCGGACGCAUCGUCUCCAUCGCUGGACCCCCAUCGCCCGGGUGCUUUGACCAGCUCCUCUCUUGGUGGAUGAGGCCAAUCAUCAACCUCGUGCUCUGGGCCAAGUCGCGGACCUUCCUUAACGCAGCCGCCGCCUUAGGCGUCGAGUACCAGUUCCUCUUCAUGAUGCCCGACGGUGACCAGCUCGCCAAGCUCGUGUCCCUCGUCGACAACGGCAAGCUGGUCGUCAACAUGGACUCGCAGUUCAAGUUGGCCGACUUUAAGCAGGCGUUUGAGCGACUCGAGUCUGGCCGGUCCAAGGGCAAGAUCGUGGUCGAGUUUGCAGGGGCCCAGUAG